UCUACUUUCAUUUUCACUUAUUUCCUGUUCUCAGACGUGAAGACAAACCCCAGAAAGAGAAGACACGGUACAAACUGACACUUUGACGCUACUCUGUGUACUACUAAUGGGUUUAUCCUGAUUCGAUCGGCGGACGGGUAGGACAUUGUGUGACUUUAUGGGCACAAGACACAUUCCAUCAUGUAUUUUCUCUUCCUGGUGUUUCCAGCUCUUUUACUAUUUGCUGUUUUGGGUUUCACAAUAAAAUUUGUCUGUUCUCGGAUCUGGGGUGUUCAGAGACGAGUCGUUGGGAUCUUCUCUUGCUCUUCCCCUGAAGAUUACAAGUGGAUCACACAGGGCCUAGAAUCCCCGUUGUUUAGAGGUUCUGUAGAGACAACUUUCGCCUCAACCAUAUCAAAUAAUUAUAAUAAUAGGUUGAAAUUCAGACAAGAUGUUGAGAAGUGUGAUUUUGCCAUCUUAUAUCACACGAAGAAUCGAGGACGGGUUAACGUCACCAAUGUGACAGACUCCCUUUAUGAUGAAGAGAUCAAACACAUGUCCUUGUGUAAAGGUAGGAAGAAUGUCAUUGUUGUGAUUGAUGACCUGGAGAAAAGUGGCUAUGAGGAGAAGUAUUGUAUUCUGGACACCCAGCCAGAUAUCCCCAAAUAUGCCCGAGAUUUGAUACUCGUCAGUAGCGAAGACAAAAAGCAUCAACAAGGACUUAACAACAAACUCCAACUGAUCGGAGAUCUUAUGUCUGAUGAAUCCAUGAACCGAAUCCAGUACUGUGAUUAUCUGAGCUCUAUGGUACACUGGCUCAGCGACACUGUCAGGCUCCGUCCUCACCAGAGUUCCAGGGAAGGAUUGGAUGCUCCAUUGCUUGUGUAGAAUGCAUACAUCUCCAAUCCCGUCAUCAGCUGCUGUCAGAGAGAAAGCAAUCUGUGGCAAUCAUCAACAAUUCUGUCCAGUCCUUCCUGCUGGUAACUUAUAUGAUGGUGGUGGGAAAAAAAGAGCCAGAGAUCAACGUCCAAUCAACCUUGCUGGGUUACUGUUACAGCAACAACCACUGGAGCCCAAAGCAGUUACCCCAACCCCCAUCUGGACCAUUCCAUGGAUCUAUUCAUGACUUUGCUUAAUAUAUUGGGAUAAUGUGUAAAUUUGCUUACAUGGCUCUAUCUCUACUGAGGAUGAAACAAAAAUGCAGCCAGUGAUUAGGCAAUAGAGGCCUACAGAGCCCAAUGGUAAAUCAAGAACUGCCACUGGGUGUCAAUGACACCAUGAUUUGUUGGGGUAAAAUGAGGCACCAGAGCAGUGGCAGCCCGUCCAUAGGGGGGUGAACAGGUGC